UUACGAAUAAUGAUACGUUUCUAGACAGACUGAAUUCCAGCUGACUGUUUGUUUAGCUGUGCAUUUUAUCUUCUUCUUUUUUUUAGUUUUCAAUUACGAGAUCUUCCAAAUCAUUACGCUUAUAUAAUCUCCAAGAUUUAUUCAGAGAUUCACCUUUUAUUUUGUGAUAGUUUCAAUCGAAUCCGCCAAAAACUGUGGUGAUGUCGAGCGUGAUUUCAGGAAAUUGCUGUUCGACGAAGCGUGAAAAGCUUAUCAUCGACACCGAUCCCGGCAUUGAUGAUAGCAUGGCGAUACUAAUGGCAUUUCAGUCACCUGAAUUGGAUAUAUUAGGAUUAACAACAGUAUUUGGCAAUGUCAAUACAGAGGAUGCGACCCAUAAUGCAUUGCUUCUGUGUGAGAUUGCCGGACGUCCAGAUAUUCCAGUUGCAGAGGGUAGUUUUGAGCCAUUAAAGAGAGGAAAGCCACGCAUUGCUGACUUUGUCCAUGGUUCAGAUGGAUUGGGGAACAUUUUUCUCGAUCCUCCCAAAUCUGGGAAAUGUGACAAAUCUGCACCUGAAUUUUUGGUCGAUACGGUUUCUGAAUUUUCCGGUGAAGUCUCUAUACUUGCUUUGGGACCUCUAACAAAUAUUGCUUUGGCUAUAAAAAGGGACUCGUCGUUUGCUAGUAAAAUUAAGAGACUGGUGAUACUUGGUGGAGCUUUCUUUGCAUUAGGAAAUGUCAAUCCCGCUGCUGAGGCAAAUAUAUAUGGAGAUCCAGAAGCAGCAGAUGUUGUGUUCACUUCUGGGGCUAAUAUCGAUGUUGUUGGCAUAAACAUCACAACGCAAGUCAAACUGACAGACAUGCACCUUGAAGGGCUAAGGAAGUCGAGUGGAAGGCAUGCACAACUUAUAUGUGAUAUGUGCAAGUUUUACCGUGACUGGCAUGUUAAAUCUGAUGGAGUUUAUGGAAUUUUCCUGCAUGAUCCUGUUAGUUUCAUUGCACUAGUGAGACCUGAUCUUUUUACAUUCAAGAAGGGAGUUGUAAGGGUCGAGACACAGGGCAUCUGCGUUGGCCAUACCAUAAUGGAUCAAGGACUAAAGAACUGGAAUACGAGCAACCCAUGGACGGAGUUCACCCCCGUGUCUGUGGCGUGGACAGUUAAUAUAGAAGGAGUUCUGAACUAUGUAAAUGAAAUUUUAAUGAAGCCCUAGCUCUUCACAUCAAUAAUUUGUUGUACAUUGUGCCAAUUUAUUGCUAUUUGAAAAACUCUUGAACGCAGGAAUUCAUUUCCA